AUGGACUAUUCUCAGCACUCCGAUAAGACCGUUAAACUUUCCGAACUACUUGAUCUAGCUCUUGGAACACCUGAUCCAGGGUCGGUUAACUUCGGCAUACUGUAUAUCAUUUUAUCACAUAUUAUAAAGCACCUCAAAAUCGACUAUGUGGAGCCAGAUGUAGAGAAACCUUCAAAUGAACCACAGUCACGGAACGAUGCAAAAAUAUCAACUUCUGAAUUGACCCCAAAUAUUUUCCAUAACAUUCAAAAAAGAUUAACAACUAUAGAAUCUCAAUUAACAUUAUUAAAUUCUUUACCAAAUAAUGAAGAUAUAAUCAGUUUAAUUAAUAAAGAUAAUAAUAAUAAAAAGAAUAAUCAUUCAUUGGAUACAUUAAAUGAUGAUUAUAGAAUAGUAACUAAUUUAUGGCAAACUGUACAAACUAAUAAACGUUUAGAUGCUACAGAAGAAGGUCUUCAUCGAUUAAGCUCCUUGACAGAUGACCUACUUGGACAAAUCAAAAGAUUUUCAGAACAAAAUAAAGCAUUGAAAUCUGCACUUGAAGAAGCACUAUUAAACUCUGCAUUAAAGGAUCAAUUAGCAGAAUUAACACGAAAAUUAGGGGAAAUUGAAAAACGUCAGAAUCAACAAGCAACUUUAUUACAAAAUGUUGUUCAUAUGGAUGCAUUACGUGGUUUAGUAUUUUGGCAUACAUUAGGCAAAUCAAUUACUGGUGUAGAUUAUUUAACGGCUUAUUCACAAGUCAAUACUACUAAUAAUAAGACUUAUCAUGUCAAUACUAUUGAUAAUAAUAAUCUAAUAAAAGAUGAAUCAAAUUGUUUAACAAAAAGUUUACCAGAAGAAUUUCUUGAAUGUCCAGAUCCAGAUCUAUCAUCAACACUUCGAAAACUUGGAAAUGUAGCUUCUGGAUUUGAUUCAGUAGUUAAUCGAAUUGAACAACUUGAAAUCUCUGUUCAUCAUGAUACAGAUUUAGAUAAGGCAUUAAUAAAACAAAAACCUGAUCGUAGUGAAUUAGAAGGUUUGGGUGUACCAACAGAAUUAUAUGAAAAAAUUUAUAGUUUAGAAGCUAUUGUAAAAGAGUUAGCCAAAGAAAGAGAGAAGAUUUACGUGGAUUGUGGAACAUCACCCCAUAUGCCUUAUCCAACUGAUGAUAAAAAAUUAUUGAAAAAAUUACAAAAUACCAUGUCAGUAUUACAAGAGCAAAUCAAUCAGUUGAACAAUAUUGUUACCAAUGUACAAUCACAAUUUAAAAAACUUCACGAAACUGUUGAGGAUGUCAAACAGUAUGCAGAUGAUUUGGAAACGCGUAAAGCAGACGCAAACUAUGUGGAUACACAAUUAGACAAGAAAGCUGAUCGGGAAGAUGUAAAAGAUUUCAUUAAUCGUUUAGAAUUUGAUAAUACAAAUCAAGCACUUGAAAAAUUAAUUGAAGAUCUAUUUGCAAAGUUAACCUUAGCGGAAAAUGAACUGAAAUCAUUAUUAACCGAUUUACAAGAAACUAUGGAAACAAAAUUAGAUCGUGAUGAAAUGGAACAAUUAAGAGAAUGGUUAGAGAAACGAUUUAAAUCAAUUAAUAAACGUCUUAAUUCAUUUUCACAUGAUACAUCACCAACUAGACAAAUAACAGAUGAAGCUGCUGGUUUAAAACGUAGUCUUAUGCAACAUUAUCAUUGUAUAUCAUGUGAUCGUCCAUUAGAAGUUGCUUUAAGUCAAGAAUAUUUAGGCAGUUAUCCAACUGACAAUCGUGGUUUCCCAAUGAAUAAAUCCAUACGACCAUAUACCACAUUUGAUUUGGAAAGUUUACGUCAUCAAAUACAAACACGAUCUAAUAAAGCAUUUUAUAUAGAUCCACCAUAUAAACGAUCUAAUUGUAAUUAUUAUGAUGUUUAUGGUGGUACACCACGUCAAUGUGGUGGAACUCAUACAACUGCACCAUCAUCCAAAAGAAAAUCACGUGCAACAACUUGUAAAAGCUCACUUCAUGAUGGUGAUGUCACAACAAAGUCUUCCAUUCCAUAUUCAUACAGAGAAACUCUUAAUUUACAAGGUAUGGAUGGUCAUAUUUAUCGUGGUUCACCAAUACAAGAAAAUCAACAUUUAUUAAAUAAUAAUGAUUUAUCAACAGGAAAAGAUGAAGAGAAUUUAGAUAAAGAUUCUGAUCGAAAUGAGAAGUUACCACCAGUUUCAAAGUCAAGUCGUUAUGUUAAUACAGUAACAGCUAGACCUCAAGUUACUUAUAAAUAUAAUAAUAUAGAGAAACGUGAUAAAAGUCAAUCACCACAAUAUAGAAAAUAUAAUCAAUCAGAUGAAUUACAAUAUAAACAAUCUAAUCUAAAUAAUAUAGAACAUUUACCACAAUUAAUGAUUGGUUCUACACAAUUACCUAAUCAACGUCAACGUAAAUAUCAAUUGAAUCAAAUAAAUAAUAAAUUGAUUAAUGAACAUUUAUCAGUUAAAACAAAUGGUUAUGCUGUUAUUGUUGUACCAAAUACAGGAACAAUAGAACAAGAAACUCCAGAACUGAAAACAGAGAAUGGUUGGAUUGCUGAAAAGUUAAACAAUGAAUUGAAUGAAAAUUCAUCUCCAACUGGUAAAGAGAAGCAUAGUUCAACUUAUCCAAGUCCAGCUACAAAUGAUAAUGAUGAAGGAGAAGUGGAAUUAGAACUAGUUACAAGAGGACAAUCAUCACCAGAUGUGAAUAUUACAGUAGACGAGAUUUCCAAUUAG